UAAGAGUCUAAACUUCACGGGUCUAAGUGAAAUUACCCGUGAGUUGAAAUUGAAAUUGAAAUUGAAAAUCCUUUGCAGUUUCAGAAAUAGUCCAACGCGUUUCCUCCUCCUAGAAGAAGCAGUACAACUCUACCCAGACGACCAUCUCCUAGAUCUCCCUCUCAUCAUUCUAAGUCUUUAUCAAAAUGACUUAUUUAGAAGAAAGAUCAACGGCAAGCCUUUACAGAGGUGCAUCACGGAGAGAGAAACCCAGAGGACGUAAUCAGGGGUUAACUCAACAGAAAAGGCAAGAAAUAAGAGAGGCUUUUGAGCUUUUUGAUACAGACAACUCUGGAACCAUUGAUGCCAAAGAGCUCAAUGUUGCUAUGAGGGCCCUGGGUUUUGAAGCAACUGAAGAGGAGAUCAAUCAAAUGAUUGCAGAAGUUGACAAGGAUGGCAGUGGUGCAAUUGAUUUUGAUGAAUUUGUGCACAUGAUGACUGCCAAGUUUGGAGAAAGGGAUACUAAAGAGGAGCUCAAGAAAGCAUUCGACGUUAUUGAUCAAGAUAAAAAUGGGAAGAUCUCUUUUGCAGACAUUCAAAGAAUCGCCGAUGAGUUGGGCGAGCGAUUUACUGACAGAGAAAUACAGGAAAUGAUAGAAGCGGCAGAUCAAGAUCGACUACUUAUCUCCAGGCAGUUCCACUUGGUAAAAUCUUACUGGCUGAUUAGUGAACCUCACAACUCUUGUACUGUUGAUCGACAUGCCAUGACUUAUAUGUAUACGAAGUACUCCAGCCUUUUGUCUUUUGUGAUGGAGAGGUUAAUGUUGAAGACUUCAUGAGGAUGAUGAGGAGAACUAGCUUUGGGCAUUAAGUAUUGCUACACCUGGGACAUUUGAGGCAAUUCUGUUGUUAUAAUAUGGUGUUACAGUUUCAGAAAAUAUGAUUUCGAUGUACUAAAGAACAGUCAAAACAGCUGAAUUAGAGAACCAAUACCCAGGGUCUCCGCUAGUUAAUGGAAUAUGUAUUAUUCAAGUUUGUGGUAACAAGGAUUUCUCGUUUGUAAACAGCUAAGCUAAUAUGGUCUCGAGUCAGUUUGGUCGAUUACAUAAAUUAUCAGUUAUCACUA